AUGGUACUAGACGUGAAGCUUAAAGGGAUCUCUAACGAGGACUUGGUUAGAGGAUACCCGGGAGUGCCGGGCACGUGGCCCCGUAUCAAAGGCACUAUAGAGAUCCGUCAAACGGGGAAAGAGGCUAUGGACAAAACACCUCUGGGAAUUGCCCAGGUUAGUAUAGGACUGUACCGCACCGAUGUGAUCAACGUUCCAUCAACAAACCCCAUUGGAAACCAAAAAGAGCAGAGUUACCAGGUGACCAAAGUGCGGGAUAUUUACAAUGGGUCCAGCCACGAUGUCUACGCCCUUGAUCUACCAUUCACUCUGAAUUUACCCACGAGCCGGCCCAUGCCCGCUAGUAUAUCGUUGAAAUCAGUGGAGACGACCUAUCAUUUGUUUGUAACCUACAAAUUGACUACUCCAAGUAAGAAUCCUGUCGAAGCUGUGCAGUUCCCCGUACGGAUCUGCCGGUUUGAUACCCUGUCCACGUUUGGCAAGUACCACGAGCCGAUUGUGCGACAGGUCACGUCUCCGGACCAUUUGGUCAACCUGCAUUUUUCAACGCCCGCGAGCUGCUACGGCCCACGGGACUCAAUUGCAAUCAAGAUGAAGGCGGAGGUGAACCCGGACGCAUCGAAGGCCCGCAAAGUUCGCCUAAAGCGCAUGUCAAUUGAGCUCGUGCAGGUGACAAAGUACUUUGUGCCUGAGAAAGAAGGCAACGAAAAGACGGAAGUGGAAAAACGAACCCGAGUUGCCAAAGUUUCUCAGGAUUUCGCCGACCUGCGCAUCGGUGAAAAGUCACAUGUUGAAGACAUGUACAUUACCUUACCCGAGCCCGAUCUUGAGGUCAAAGACGCUGUGGCUACCAAAGAGCGGGCCGAGAUUCCGGAUGAGGGCCAUGUGGCUUUUACUACGGCAGCGACUCUAUACAAGAUUGACUUUGUGCUUGUCUUGAAGGCCCGCUUUUCGCACGCCAAAGAUAUUGAAACCGUGCAGGACGUUACAUUAUGUGAAUUCGAUCAUGCUACUUGCAGAACCCAUAUGGUCCACAUAGUCCAGGCCGCGGAGUUAGUAGGCACCGAACAUGAGCAUACCUCUGCUUCGGUUUACAGCCGCCCCAUCGAUGUCAGAAUCCAAAUUCGUUAA